CCCCCCGCCCCUUACGCCUGACGAUGUCAAAGUUCAUAAAAUAACAGUAAAAAUUGAAAAAUAGUUUUUUAAAAACAAAGCAAAUAUACAGUAUAUAACCAUAUCAUAAAAUAACAAAGUCUAGGUGGAAAGGUAGGCCAGCCUAUAACAUUCGUCUUAAGGCCUGCUUUAAUAGCUCCACCAGUCUGAACAGCCCUGAGUUUGUCCGGAAGAGAGUUCCAAAGGUGUGGUGUUACAUAAUUUUGCAAGUAAACUUUUUUGGUGUUCACACAGGUUCACACUUCUCUCCGACAUACAAGUAAACUUCAAAAUCACCAUGUCUGGAAAAGUGGUGCUGACUUAUUUCAAUGGGAGGGGUAAAAUGGAGUCAAUUCGAUGGCUUUUAGCAGUUGCUGGAGUUGAGUUUGAAGAAGUGAAUAUGACAAAGCACGAGGAAUAUGUAAAGCUGUUGAGUGAUGGAGCACUCAUGUUUGAGCAGGUUCCAUUGGUGGAAAUUGAUGGAAUGAAGCUGGUUCAAACCAAGGCUAUCCUAAACUACAUAGCUGGGAAAUACAAUCUUUAUGGGAAAGACCUAAAAGAACGAGUCAUGAUUGACAUGUAUGCUGAAGGUGUGAGGGACUUGAUGGAAAUGAUAAUGAUGUUGCCAUUCAUUUCACCUGAUGCCAAGAAAACUAAACUGGAGGACAUCGAGAGGAAAGCUACAAGCCGCUACAUCCCAGUGUUCGAGAAGGCUCUUGCUAGCUCCCAGUACCUGGUGGGUAAUCAGUUGAGCUGUGCUGAUGUCCAGCUACUUGAAACCACCUUGAUGUUGGAGGAGAAAUUUCCUACAAUUCUCUCCAAAUUCCCUGUUGUUAAGGUAAAGUUUAUUACAAAUGUAUUUUGUUCUUGACAAAAUAAGUCAUGAGACAAAUCAUCUUGUUACAUUUAAGUGCAUCUCAUCAAAACAUGUUACAGGUUCACAUUACCCAAACAGCAUAUGAAUAUUGCACUUGGCACAUUUUAAUACAGAUAUCAAUAUAUAAGUCUGGCCAUACUGUUUCGAAUUUACUGCUACAACACCCUCUGUCUAUUUUUAAAUGUACUGCUGCAACACCCUGGGUGUGUCCCAAUAAUCUCUCCUGAAGUGUGCCCUCAUUCACUACUUCCCAUAAAUCUAAAAGCAUUGGAUUUUGUGGAGGCAUAUUUAUUUGACCAGUCAUUUCCUUUCAAAUCAGUGAAGGGAAGUGAACCCAGGCAUACUUUGGGAGGAAGGAGAGAUAAUUAGGAGAUAGUCAGCAGCAGAUUUGAAAGAAAGGUAAAAGGAUCCAUAGAUACUUCAUUUGAUUAAUUCUUGAUGGGUUCAAAUUGUUUUCU